AUGAGCAACUGUUUUAACCCUUCCCCAGGAGGUGUGGCAACAUGCCCCUGUCCAACAGCGCAGGUGGGACUGAGAAAGCCUAUGGCAGUUUUACCUCUUUUUAAUUGAAGUGGUCUUUUUUUUUUUUUUUUUAACUCUCCUCAGCCUCCGAGGCUGCUGUUAGCAACUGCUUUUUUCCUGAGUUUAUGCUGCAUAAGCCAGGGAGCAACAAAAGCCAGCUGCUUUCCAGGGAACAUGGAGCUAAAAGCGAGAACACAGCCAGCAAGGCAGAGGCUUCACCAACCAGACAUUCUAAUACAAAAUACACGAGCCGAAUCAGUCCAAAUUUGGCAACCCAGUAAUCACAGUGACUUCAGCUGCCCCAUCUGUCUCCAGACAGCUACCCUCCCAGUAGAAACCAACUGUGGACAUUUAUUCUGUGGUUCCUGUCUGAUCACAUACUGGAAACAUAGUCCCCAGCUAGCAGCAAUAAUCUGCCCUCUCUGCAGACAAAAGGUGGUUCUUCUGGAUAACAUCUCUUGUGAAAAGCAACAAGAUAAGUCAAGUAAACAAAUUGUACAUGACAUUAGAGAUUACAACAAGCGUUUCUCAGGGCAACCUCGACCUUUUGCAGAUUACCUUUAUGACAUGCCGUUAUUCCUGACUCUUGCCUUGCGAGGAAUCUUCACCUGGGAUGGUCUCGUAUGGAUUUUUUUCCUAAGGGUUGCUGUUUGCUCCUUUGGAACUAUCAUAUGCUUGUCUUCUCCAUUUGACAUGAAGCCUGGGCCUCUCUGUAGGACGCUUGGAACAGCUGACGACAUGGUGGUUGUUUCCCUUCUUUUAAUUUGCAUGAUAAACAUUUGUCAGCAAAUCGCAUCUAAUGGGGUAAAUAUGGCAAGGUCUGCAGCUCAGAGCAUGCUGUCGGAGUCCUGACUGACUCAAACAUGGAUUCCUUGGUCAACCUUCAUCAAGCGAUGGCAGGCUUCUCUUUGAUUUGGGGCAGCGUAUGAUGGAUUUGUCAUUCUGCUGCUGACAAAGGCUGAAGCAGGACUCAGCAAUACUUGGCAUGGCCAAGUGAUUCGAUGUGCAAGCGCUUAGAAGGCUAGUUUUACACUGUAUACUUGCUAGACUCUUUCAUGCUGCGUUUUUCUGUAACUUAUCUUCGUACAAAGUGCCUGAAUUGAAAAUACCUAAAGCUAUGAACAGAGCUUAAAGUUACAAUGCCAAUCAACUUGCAGUUGAAGAGUUUUAGAACUCUUUGAGCUUUUAACAUUUUACAUCUUGGCUCAAUUUGAAAAAAUUUUAAUCUGAGAGCUUAGCAAACUGUAC